UAAUCAGUUAUCUAACGAUUCGGCAACUGGUCGCCAUCGUGGUUCAUAGGUCACAUUAUAGAUAGAGUAUCACAAUAUGUAUCAAAGAGUUAUAAUUGUCAUUACAUUCAAGUGUAAACCUUCGUCGAAGGAAAAAGUAUAAAAUAAAAGAAUCCGUUUAGAUUUAAUAUAUUUUUUUGGAGUUUCUUAAAGUGACGAUUUAAUGGUAGCACUAUCCACGUGGUGUGCCAAGGCUGCGGCUUUCAGGGCCGUGAUAUUAGGUGCCCCUGCUUCUGGUAAGGGCACCAUGUCAGCUAGAAUUGUUGAACAAUUUAAAUUAACUCAUAUAUCAAGUGGCGAUAAGUUAAGACUUCAUAUGAAUAAUAAAACUGAAUUGGGCAAAGCAGUCUCGAAUUAUGUACUUUCCGGUAAAUUCGUUCCUGAUGAUAUAAUGAUUUCAAUGAUAAACGAAGAAAUCAAAGCGGUUGGGAAACAAAAUUGGUUAUUAGACGGAUUUCCAAGAACGUUAACGCAAGCGGAAAAGCUACAAAAAAUACAUCCAAUUAAUUUGGUUCUUUAUCUGGAUGUUCCCUUCGAAGUGAUAUUGAAUCGUGUGAAAAAUAGAUGGGUUCAUUUGCCCAGUGGAAGGGUAUAUAAUAUUGGAUUCAACAGUCCCAAAGUACCGGGUAAAGAUGAUGUGACUGGCGAACCUUUAAGCAAAAGGGACGAUGAUAAAAUCGAAAUUGUAGAAAAAAGACUACAAGAAUAUUCAAAUGCGACUAAACCAAUUUUAACAUUUUAUAGUAAUUUAGGAUUGUUAAAUACUUUUCAAGGUAAUACUACCGAUGAAAUAUGGCCGAAUAUUAAGAAAGUCGUCGCAAAAUUUUUGUUACAAUAGCAAAUUGUUAGGAUGCAUUAAUAUUUUGUAAAAAUGUAUAAUGAAUUAAUUCAAAAUUGAAUUAACUUAGAUUAUAGUGACCAUAUGCUUCCAUUAAUUUGCGCACAAAUAUUGAUGAAUUCAAUAAAUUUAUACAAAUUAUGCAAAAAAA